AUGACAAGGUAUCAUCCUGGACAUGGACAUGGCGAGAGUGGUGGAAACAAUCGAAAACAGUUUCGAUUUGCCAGACCUGACGACUCUGCCGAUAAACCAAGAACAGGACCUCUCGUUUUUGAGGAAAGACCAUCAGAACAGCCAAGCACAUCAAGUGGAGAUCCCUUAACUGUUUUUAACAAUCCGUAUGGCUCACUCAAUAUACAAUCACAGAGAGCUCGGCUUCCUAUAUUCAAGAAUAGAAAUCAUAUUAUAUAUAUGUGUGAAAGAUACCGAACAGUUAUUGUAGUAGGAGAGACUGGUUGUGGUAAAAGUACUCAGGUACCUCAAUUUCUUCUCGAGGCGGGUUGGUGCAGUGAUGGUAGAAUGAUUGCGGUAACUGAGCCUCGUCGAGUAGCAGCUGUAACUUUAGCCUCACGUGUUGCCGAAGAAAAGGAUGUGAUCCUUGGUCAGGAUGUGGGAUAUACUGUCAGAUUCGACGAUCUAUCUGAUAACGAAACCAAAAUAAAAUUCAUGACGGAUGGUAUUCUUCUCAGAGAGUUCAUGGCAGAUCCAUUGCUGUCGAAGUACAGUAUCAUCAUGGUUGAUGAAGCUCACGAAAGGUCUUGUAACACUGAUAUACUGAUUGGGCUUUUGAGAAAAGUCAUGCAGAUACGCUCUGAUCUCAGAAUUAUAGUUUCCUCUGCUACUUUAGAUGCUGAACUUUUCCGAGAUUUUUUCGAAAUGAAUGAUACGGAUGAUUCCAGUAAAGACACAGCAAGUGUGAUAUCAGUAGAAGGACGUACUCAUCCUGUGACCAUAUUUCACACAAGAACAUCUGUUCCUAACUAUCUACAAGCUAGUGCUGAUGCAGUAAUAAACAUUCAUAAGAAAGAUUUACCAGGAGAUAUCCUAGUGUUCUUAUCUGGUCAAGAUGAAGUUGAAGAGGUAUGUUCGAAGUUGAGAGAGCACGUCCCAAGGUUGAAAAACUAUGAUAAGCUAUGGAUAGUACCUUGCUAUGGAGCUUUACCUGGGCGAGAACAGAUGAAAGCAUUUGACUCGACAGCCCAUGGAACUAGAAAGGUAGUGGUAGCCACAAACAUUGCAGAAGCUUCUGUUACCAUACCCGGAAUCGCUUAUGUGAUUGACACUGGUUUUGUGAAGAUAAGAGCUGUUAAUGAAAAGAACGGGAUCGAAUGCUUAAUGAGAGUUCCCAUAUCCAAGGCUUCCGCUGAACAAAGAGCUGGAAGAGCAGGUCGUAUCAGACCUGGAAAAGCUUAUCGGUUAUAUCCACUGUCGGAGCAUGACAAAAUGCCUGAGGGGACAGUUCCUGAAAUUCAACGCUGCCAAUUGGCUCCCGUCGUUCUCCAACUCAAGGUUUUGGGUAUUCAGAAUAUCCAUAAGUUCUACUAUCUCUCUCGUCCUCCUUCAUGGUCUGUUGUGAGCGGGUUAGAACUUCUAUAUGCUCUGGGUGCACUAGACAAGAAUUCUCUCUUGACGAAUCCUACUGGUCUACACAUGGCAGAAUUUCCACUUCCUCCAAUGCACGCAAAGUGUUUGCUAAUGUCAGGACAUAUGGGAUGUAGUGAAGAAAUGCUUACAAUCAUAGCCAUGCUCCAAAUCCAGGAUUUAUUCAUUGUACCGCGAAAUCGGCAUCAUGCUGAGAGCAUAAAGCGCAGAUUUGCGGUCGAAGAAGGAGACCAUUUAACUUAUUUAAAUAUAUUCACUUUAUUCAUUAGAAAUAAUAAAAGUAAGAAAUGGUGUAGUGACCAUUACUUGAACUUCAGAGGACUUAUGAGAGCUGACAACAUCAGGACUCAGCUGUCAAGACUUAUGAAACGAUUCCAAAUCCCGAUCCGCUCUGUUCGGGACGAAGACGACGCGACAAACAUUAUCAUUCGUUGUCUUGUUCACGGGUUCUUCUCACAAGCUGCUCAAUACGAUCACACUGGAAAGUAUAUGACUGUUAAAGAAAGAUUCCCAUUCAUAGUAUACAAAGGCUCUGUAGUAAUGUACAAAAAAGAUUAUCCUAAAUGGGUUAUUUUCUCGGAAGUUAUGCAAGAUUCCAUACGAGACCUUACAGUUAUCCAGCCAGAAUGGCUUUACGAGCUAGCGCCCCAUUACUAUGAGUUCGGAUCGGAAAAUGAGCUUGCCAGGAAACGACAGAAGACUUAA